AUGGCAGAGAAAAUACAGGCAUUUUAUGGCGAAGUGAGACCUACUUUGGAGAACGUGUUUCGGAGAACAGUAAACAACAGUAGUACGGACACGGGAGCGCUUCUGGAUGCCCUACUAAAGGAUACAGAGUUGGAUAUGGCUAGGUUUGCGAGCAUUGACGCAACCAAUACCAUGCAAGCCUACUGCAGGGUUGCGCCAAAGGAUAUGGUCGACUCCUUCGGUAUGUACCCGAUGGAACAAUGUCUUCUCAAUGAGUUACCUGAACCCUUCAAGCCUGCCAUUGUUUUCGCACUGGAUGAUGCCAUGGUAACCAGGAUCGCUGGGAAUCUGCAGAGUCAGUUGCUGAACAGCAAGAGCUGA